CUUUAUUUUCCUCUUUGGGAUUAGCGUCCCUGGCGAGAAACCCCUUUCACUAUUUGUUUUAGCUGCAGGCAACUAGAAAAGUAUAGGCACGUUUUCUUUGAGUUGAGAGUUGUAGAGACAGAUAACUGGGAAAGCCUUUGCUUGACGGGCAUCUGGGGCGUCGUUGCCCCUAAUGGCUAUUGGAGGAAGGUGCGCACGACAAACCCGACAUCCAUAUGCCAUCACUCCUCCGCCAUCAGCGACAACAAGAUUCCGUCAUCUGGCAGCACAGCGGCAUGCUGGUCGAUGCUUCUGCCAAUAGUGACAUCCGCAAUGAUAUCCUUCUGAGUGCUCUCAACAUUCGCUGACGUCUCGAUCUAAACUUAUCUCUGAUUCACUUGAUCUGCCACCUCUACUACACCCACGCCCUUCGCCAGAGCUAGCCCUGAUCUCUGGAUAAUUUGCCUAAGAUUCAUGUCACGGUUCACAGGGGAACCAUGCAGCCUCACGAGAUGGAAGAUAUGCUUUUCAGUUUUCCCUCAUCGCAGGAAUCUCAGGACGGUGUUGAUGAUGAGAGCGAUCUUCUGGAUGAGCUACCCGGCGAGGAAUACGACUCCGACAUCGAUUUGUGGGAGGAAGAGAACACUCAAAACCUUCUCUUGCCCCCCACCCCUGACGCGAGUCUGGAUGAAGACAUACUCGAUGAGUUCGAGAACGCGGUCCAGCUAGCUGACGAGAUUCAAGGCACCACAACAGGAACAGUCAAGAACCGAGACUGGGUUAUUGCACGUGUCGAGGGUCUCAUAGAAGGAAUCUUAGAUGGACUUCUUGCUGGUGACAGUGAGCUCUCCAUCAGCCUCAAGACAAGGUCAGGGAUCAGUCGUCGGGAUAGCUUCCAGUCUAAGCAGACAGAGCGUGCACCUCAUCCGAGAACCAGAAAGAUCAGCUUUCCAGGAUCAAAUGGACAGGAGGCUUGGAGAUUCACCGUGCUUGUUAAGAUUCUGCAACUUGUUCACGAGUGCUUGAUCGAAGAUGUAGUAGCCUCCAAGAGGGAUCUCUACUACAGACACCCUGACCUAUUUGUGAAACAAUCUGUCGUGGACCGCUUCGUUGACGAUCUGGCUUGUACUCUCGGCAUCCCAAGGGCACUGCUCAAUGUGACUGCCGCUGCCAAAGGCCUUGUUGCCGGAAAUUUUACCUUAGUACGAGCGGACGGCACAAUCAUUCAUGGCCUUAACGUCAAUGAGGGGAUGUUACUGCCGAACGUCAAUAGCAGUGAUACCUUGGACAUCUCGUCAGUCCAAUGGGUAAUCAUCGUCGAGAAAGAGGCAACAUUUCGCCAUCUAGCCAAGGGAUACCCGGAUGUGUCUACGAGGACGUUUCUUCAGCAUAUUGCAGACCGUUCUCCGGAAGUACGAAUGUUUGCGGUCGUCGAUUACGAUCCAGAUGGUAUUGCCAUCAUGUCAACAUACAAGUACGGUUCUCAUCGUCUUGCCCAUGAGAACAAGACCAAUGACGAUACUGGGGGACCGAACUUGCGCAAUCUUCAUUGGCUCGGUGUCCAUAGUCACCAUCUCUUCCGAAUCCCGCAGGAGGAAUGCGCUCCAGCAAUAACUGCGAAUCCAAACGCACAAGGUCUGCUGAGGUUGUCUCCAAGGGACCGGACAAAGGCAUGUCGAAUGCUGGAAUGGGACCUCUGCACAGAGGACGGACCUGAGACUGAUUGGAGACGGCAACUGCAGAGAAUGCUCAUGCUCAAUAUCAAAGCUGAAAUCCAAAUCCUGGAGGAAUCGUCGGAUGGACUCGUUGCAUGGCUAGAAGAAGAGAUUGGAGCUAGAGAUUUUGGAAAGCAACCGUGA